AUGUCAAUAAUAAGUGUGCAUUGUACUUUAUUGAAGAAGGUGUAUGGGAAAUCACUUGGAACUGUCGGUAGGCGAAACUUAUUUGGUUUAUCCCUAGGAAGCCCCGAGGUAAAAGAGCAACGAUACACAUUGCUGAAGACUAUCAAUUCCCCACCAACUGAUGUAUAUAAUGUAGUAUCAGAAGUCUCACAGUAUUACAAGUUUAUUCCCUACUGUACAGAGUCAUUUGUGGAAAAAAGAAAUCUUUUGGAUGGGAAACCAACAAUUGCUGGAUUAAGGGUAGGUUUUAAACAAUACGAUGAGAAAUUUGUUUGUGAAGUAAGUUGCAAGGAUCUUUUGGCUGACAGGGAUUUUACAGUGGAGGCAAAUUCACUUUCACACAAUUUAUUUCAUUUAUUAUAUUCGAAAUGGACAAUUAGACCACAUCCCAGGAGACCGCAAACAACAGAAGUGGAAUUAUCAUUACGAUUUAAAUUUAAAUCAAGGUUAUAUAAUGCUGUUUCAUCAAUAUUUGCCAAAUCAGUGACAAAGUUAGUGAUGGAUGCAUUUGAGAAACGAGUAUUUGAGUUGAAAAGACUGGAUCCUUUAAAAUCUGUGUCAUCAUCAUCAUCAUCAUCGUCGAGAGAUUAUUGA